CCGCCCGCCGCCUUGGUGCAGUGCUGAGGAGGCGCCAGGCGGGGGCCGCGCGCGCUUUUCCCGCCCUCGGCGGGGCCGCGGGACCCCCCUGAGGGCGCCGCUCCCUCACACCCGCCAUGGCGGCACCGCCGUCACCCCCGCACCGCUCCCGCCACCCGGAGCUGCGCCACUCAGCAACCCGCGGCUGCCGGCUCUCGUCCCCGCACCCCACUUCACUCUCAGCCCCGGCAGCGCCUCCCGCCGCCACUCCGCGGAGUGCGGGACCGCUCUGGCGCUCCCCACACGACCAGCGCUUCGGCCCCUCUCCCUGCACGCACCCACCUGUGGGGCGCCCUCGGCCGCCUCCAUCAUCGCCCCGCUUAAAGCGCUUAAAUAUCCCCGCGGCGGCACCGCCUGUGCCACGGACCGGGGCUGCGAACGGCAGUGCGGCCCUCCCCGCCUCCCCCCCCCGGCCCGCCCCGCUCCGCAUCUUGUUUUCUCCAUACGCACUUGGAAAUGCGUAUGGAGAAAAGCGGGAUCGGGGGGGCACCGCUGUUAUUCCCGCUCUAAUCGGGAUACCCACGCAACACGGAGGAAAACAACGCGGCGCAGCCCCGUUCUUUCUCCCCCCCCCCACCACCACUCCGCGCUGUCACUUGGCUGCUUCCCCCAUGUCGCGACGCACACACCCCCCCCCAACCCCGCCAUGUCGCGACAGCGCCCCGCGCACCUGCCGCGCCGCGCCCCCCCCGCCCCCGACCCGCCGUGUCCUACCGGGGCUGCGGGGAAAGGGACGCUCGGUUCUCCCUCCCCGGGGGAAGCACCGCGAUGCCGGCGUUCCCCCAGAAAGGAAUAACCGGCCGGGCAGGCACCGUGCGGAAGGAUGGAAUCCGCUCCUGGAGGCUGCGGGAUCCGGCGCUCCUCCGCGGCCGCGGCGUGUCUCCGAUGCUGGAAGAGGCAGAAAAACAGCACCAAAAAAAAAAAAAAUCCAAAACAACCAAAAUAAAAAUAAAAGAAAUAAGGCGUAAAAAAACCUUUGUUUGUCUCGGACUGAGGAGGAGCAGAUGUGAACGGUUCUGCCCGUGCGGGGUCGAUGCGGUUGUCGCUACCGCCGCGUUUAACUCCGCCACUCGGUAGCGAAGCGAUUUCACCGUCCCGACCCGUCGCACCGCCGGCUCCCGACAGCCGGGGCUCUGUGCCGAGCUGCUGGAAGGAGCCGCUCCUAGGGAUGUGCGCUGGCCACUGCAACGCUGCCAGCGAGCAGCCAGCCCUCACGGAAAGGAAAAGAGAAGAUGCCGACAAUUCUCCGCGGUUCGGGCAGCCCCCGGUUCCCCCGCGCAUCCCGCUGCCCGGCGGGUGCGGGGCCGGCCGGCGGCAGCGCCGCGCUCCUCCGGCUGCUGUUCCGCCUGCGGUGCUGAAGUGGGUUUUAUUCCCUGCUCUCCACCAGCCCCCAGGAUUUGGUUGAGAUCGGGGAGCUGAAGCUCACCCUCUCCACGCUCCCACCGCCUGGCUGACAAUGUGCAGGGGGUUCUCGGGGUUUUCCCUCUGGAAGGUUCGUGCAGGAGGGCCCCAAAUUCUGCUCCCAAACUGGUGGCAUCAUGUCAGUGUUGGUGAUCAAGUGCAAGGCUUUAGGGGCCAGAUUGAGAGGGGGAGACAUAGAUUUGUUGUUUAAAACUUAAGGAGGAAAAGCAAUCCCGCAUUCACUCCUUCUUUACAGCUUCCAGCAGCCCCCCAGCAGAUUAAAAAGCCACGAUCCACAGAUGGAGUAAAUUUUUAUCUGGGGAUUUGAUUUCUUCAGUGUCCCACCACGUUUUCUUGAAGGGAUUCAUAUAAAUGACUUUUUUCUAACUGCUGGGUUGGUACUGAUGGCUGUCAGCCACAGGAGGGGACCAGAGCCGCCUGGCCACCCACCCCAGGCCCAAUCCUGCAGUAACAGUGGAUCAUCUUCAUCAGCUCUCCCAUUUGUGCUUUGGACUUGAAAUACCUGUGUCUGCCCCACUCAUUUCCAGUGCCCAUGCAAUGAGCUGUAUAUCUAACAGAUCAGUGUUUCAGAUUUUUAAUUUUUCAUUUUUGAAUUUUUUUUUUAGUUUUGUAAAAAUUACUAAUGAUUUUAGCUGAAAAGUGUUGAUGAAGUGAGGAGCAGUUCAUCCUCCUUUCCUCACUUCUUCUCAGAGUCUUCCCUUCUUCCACCCUCCACAGUGUUUAUGUUUAUACCUCCUUCUCAUCCAAUUUUGGGGGAAUUUCCUCUCUGGUCUCCUUUCUGUCAUUUAUCCAGGCUGUCCCACUGCUGUGGAGCCCAACUACAAUUUGCCAUGCUUCCCAUAUGUCUGGGCCUCAUUUCCCUGCCUCACUGAGCCUCUUUUUAUUCCAUAUUCCCUUCUUCAGAUCAUGCUUAAAGGAGGAAGAGGCUGGAGCUAGGAUUUAAAGUAGUCUUUUAGGAAUACUGCCAGAACUGAUCUGUUUUAACUCUGCUGCUGCUGCUGUUGCUGUUCUGCUGUGUCAUGGGAAGAGUUUCCUCUCCACACCAACCCUUGGAAGCAGCACCUCGGGCAGAGCCGCUCGCUGCAAACCCCAGCUGUGUUUUACAAAGCCCGGGGUAAGUUUGUCUGAUGCAGGAUUGAGCCUGCAAGGAGAAGGCACCACUGUCUUCCCGGGCUCUGACCUGGAGAGCUGUGCACGAUUUUGGGAGAUUUGCAGGAGGCAGAGUGGCGGCAGCAGCAGUGACAGAGCAUCAUCGCUCGGCUUUAUUUCAUUUUCUCGAGCCAAGACGCUUUAGGUUACAGCCCAGCAGAACAGGAAAAUGAAGCAUUUCUGUCAAAAGAGAGCUAUUUUCCAAAUUUGCUUUAAAUUAUUGCAAGAUCUCGCACUAAAAAAGAGCGGAGAUUCUGUCUCCUCUUAAAAAAUGUUGUUAGUUAUAAAAUCUUUACGAUCUUGGCUCUCUCCCCCUCAGCCUGUCUCCUUCAAAAACUUGCUUUCAAAAUUGUAAAGUUUAAAGAUGACUCUUCUCUCUCUCUCUGUCCCCUCUCCCAAAUUUAUUUUCCUUGGAAAGGCCUGAAGAAGCCUGAGGCUGUUUCUGCCCAUGAAUAAACAACAGCGUGCACAUACACGUGCAUAUCCACGAGCACACACAGGAUUUAAAGCAUCCCAUUGAAGUCCACGUAUAGGAAAAUCCUUGAUCAUGUGGUAAGCUUUAAUAUCUGCCUUAAAAUUAAUCCCUAACUGAUGGACUCUGUGUGGUGGCAGAUCACAGGAGGCUCAGUAGCCGGGGCUCCUGUACAGGUUUUAAAAAACUGCCAGAUAAAAUCUUCUGUUUGCUGUUGUAUUAAUAUGUUUGUUCAAAGCAGCUACCUGGGAAAUGUUCAUCUAGUGAAACCAAGAAAGAAAACUUUAUAGGGCUCUGAUCUUGUUUUUCCACAGUAAAAAAGAAAGACCUUGUCAUGAGGUCAGGACAAGAUCUGAUGUUAUUACACAAGGAAAUGGCUAAAGUUGACUGCAAAGUUCUUCAGGUACUCUGUUGUAGAUAGCACUCCUGAAUUUUAUUGGAGCUUGAGUCUUGAAGGUGGUCCUGAUUAAUUCUCAGAGUUGUCUUUGCUUUUUUUUUUUGGUUCAUUUUUGUUGUUGACACUGAAUUUUCUUGUUUCACUUCUCUUUCAUAUUCAUUUCACUCUUUAGUUCCCACGUGUUAGAAAGUGCAGUUUCAUUUAGACUCUCGAGAGAAAAAAAGUCUGAUUCCAGAGAGCAAUUUGCAGCAAUAUAUUUUCCUUGCCACUCACACGAAAACAUCACCACUCCAACAGAUAUAGGUAUAAACAAUGCUGACAGGCCCUCAAAACCAAAACCAGAUUGUGAAAUUGAGGCAAAUAGCCCAGAGAACCUGAAAUGUUCUGGUUUCUAAAAUGCUGUCUGCUGUCAAAAAUGGGGUAAAAUAAAGCUUUGUUUACGUGUA